UGUCAUAACGGAUUCUCUAAACGAAAGAGAAAUAGUUGAUACGAUAAAUACAAAAUCACGGGAAGAUCAAGUAGAAUAUAAUAAGCAUUAUCAAUCAACAGAACAAUGUCCAUAUAUUCAAGAACUCAACAAACAAAAAAAGGCCAAAUCAAAUAUAGAAAAUAAUCUUACAAAACAAAUCUUUAAUUUUUUAUUUCCUGGGAGUCCUCGUGUUAAUUCUAUUCUUGGCACAUUUUAUAUUUCAUCCAUACCAAAUUUUAUUCUUUAUUUUGUUCCACCAGAUAUAAAACCUUCUUCUUUAAAUUCUCUUGUUAGCUUCGCUGUUGGUGGUCUUUUAGGUGAUGUAUUUCUUCACUUAUUACCACAUUCAUUUUUAGGGGAAACCAAUGAUGAAGAAGUUCAUUUUGUUCAAAUUGAUGAAAAAAAAAAUGUAAUUAUUGGUUUGGCAAUAUUUGUCGGUUUGAUUACAUUUUAUGUUAUUGAUAAAUUGAUGCGUGUGGUAAGUGGUGGGGAUGGUAGUCAUUCACAUAGUUCUCAUAAUCAUGAACAAGAUUAUAAAGAUUCUGGAUCAAGCACAUCUCAUAAUUCAAACUUAAAUGAACUUUCAUCUUCAACACUUCGUCAACGAAAAUCCGAUAUUGAUAAGAAUAUAUCAACGGAUGGGAAGAAAAUGGACGAAAAACCUAUUAUUAAGACACCAUCUACCAGUAUUAAAUUAUCGGCUUAUCUAAAUUUAAUCGCAGAUGCUACUCAUAAUUUCACUGAUGGACUUGCCAUGGCUGCAUCAUUUUAUACAUCUCCUAGUAUAGGUGCAACAACAACGGUCGCGGUAUUUUUUCACGAAAUUCCACAUGAAAUAGGCGAUUAUGCUAUUUUAAUACAAAGUGGUUUCACUAAACGACGUGCAAUGUUUUCACAAUUUAUAACAGCCAUUGGUGCAUUUCUUGGAACUUUUGCUGGAAUUAUGAUUGAAGAAGUUAGUCGUGGUGACCACCAUUCAUCUGAAAUUUUAACAUCUGAUGAAGUUUUUGGAAUAUUGGGAACCGGGGUUGUUGCAGGUGAUUUGGUAAUUCCGUUCACUGCAGGUGGAUUUUUAUAUAUCGCAACUGUUGGAGUUAUUCCUGAAUUAUUAGAUGUUACUGGAAAUUUUACUAAGGACCUCAAACAAGCUGGUACAGAAUUAUUGGCAAUGCUUAUCGGUGUUGGAAUGAUGGCGAUUAUUGCAUGGAAUGAAGGAUAA